AUGAAGCUCUCGCUGUUUUUUCUCGCCAGCAACGUCGCCGCCAACUACGAAAAGAGAUUUCAGAAUUUCGUGUGGCAAGUUCAAGCGCAGCGGGCCCAACUUUGCGCGGACAAAAAGCUACCAAUCGAAAAUGGAUAUUGGAACUGUCCCGAUCUCGACGAGAUCAAAUCGAAUAAGCAAUGCUUUCCACGAUGCAACGAUGGAUUUAAGAAAACUUGGCAAACUAAACCAAGAAAAAUUCAGCCAACGAUUCUUGCUACAUGCUACAAGUCGCCGAAAAUCGAUAAAAAAAAUCUCCCAGAAGAAACAUCGCUUUCUUGUGCUCUCGACGUAAAGCCGCCUCAUCCGUGUCAAGAAAAAGCUGCAACAAUCGAGAUUUUCAACGGAACCCUCGUUUUGACCGACACAAUCAGCCCGAAGAGGGCGACAUUCAACAUUGUCUGCGAUGAUGGAACAGUGAAAGACGAAAUCACUUGUGCAAAGCAAAAGAAAGGUGUGUUUUUCAAAAAGCCGAGCUGGAGCGAUCAGAUCACCUACUGGCAAGACUCGUGGAGAGAUGUUUGCAUGGAGUUCGCGCCCUUGACCAACUCGACGACUACCGAUCUUCAAACUUGCUCUGAGUCUGACAACUUCCCCCAACUUGCAGGAACUACGGACAAAAUCAUCGGCGGAGUGCAAGUCGAGGAGAACGAGUGGCCUUGGAUCGCCCAUUUGACAUUUGACUUGAACGAUGGCGAGGAGCGACUUUGCGGAGGAAGCGUCAUCGCCAAUAGAUGGGUCAUCAGCGCCGCCCACUGUUGCCUGGACGUGCUCAACAUCGUCGGGCGCUUUGGAGAUCUGAACGCGACGGAAUUUGAUAGCAACGAGUAUGAGCUCGAAGCCAGCGCCUGGUUCAACCAUCCCGAGUACGACCGCCAUGCUGAUGACAAAAACAACGAUGUCUGCCUCAUCAAAUUCAACGGAGACAUCAUUGCCAGUGACCCAGACAGCAAAGUUCAGCCUGUUUGUCUUCCAAAAGAAGUUCAUCAACACGGCGCCGCUUGCUGGGUCGCUGGGUGGGGAUCCUUUGAAUUUAUGGGUGGUCCCCAAAACCCGGAUCUGCACUCAGUCGGAGUGAAUCUUACCAUUGAGGAUGGACAUUGGGAAUGUCCUAAUAUCGAUGAAGUAAAACAUCAUCUCCGGUGCUUCCCAAAAUGCGACAGUGGGUUUGAACCAACAUGGUCCGUCAAGCCUGGUAGAAAACAACCAAAGCUCAACGCAAAGUGCUUUCAGUUCCCGAAAAUCAUCAAAAAAAAUAUUGAAAAGGGAACUUCCCUCUCCUGCGUUCCACGAACACCUCAUCCGUGUGAAGACAAAGCUGGCUUCAUGGAGAUUCUGGAUGGGUCUCUCGUUUUGACGGAAAAAAUCAACUCAAAGAGAGCGAAAUUCAACCUUGUCUGCGAUGAUGGAACAGUGCAAGGCGAAGUCGUCUGUGUCAACAGAAAAGAGCAGGUCUAUUUCCAGGAACCGGAAUGGAGCAAUCAGAUCACGUGGCAAGACUCGUGGAGAGAUAUUUGCAGAGAGUUCGCGCCUCUGACCAACUCGACCACUACUGAUCUGGAAACUUGCUCUGAAGCCGACAACUUCCCAGAACUUGCAUCAGUUGAAGGAAGAAUCAUCGGUGGAGUGCCAGUCGAGGAGAACGAGUGGCCUUGGAUCACCCAUUUGACAUUUGACUUGAACGAUGGCGGGGAGAAACUUUGCGGAGGGAGCGUCAUUGCCAAUAGAUGGGUCAUCAGCGCCGCUCAUUGUUGCCUUGACGUGCAGAAGAUCGUCGGUCGCUUCGGAGAUCUGAACGCGACGGAAUUUGACAGCAACGAGUAUGAGCUCGAAGCCAGCGCCUGGUUCAACCAUCCCGAGUACGACCGCCAUGCUGAUGACAAAAACAACGAUGUCUGCCUCAUCAAAUUCAACGAAGACAUCAUUGCCAGUGACCCAGAGAGCAAAGUCCAACCCGCUUGUCUUCCAAAAGAAGUUCACCAACACGGCGCCGCUUGCUGGGUCGCUGGGUGGGGAUCUUUUAAAUAUUUUGGUGGUCCCCAAAACCCGGAUCUGCACUCAGUCGGAGUCAAUGUCUUUAGUGCAGAAUAUUGCCUUGCGAAUUCCUAUAUUUCUCUCGAGGCUGACGACAUCUGCGCCUACAAACCAGAUCUCAACGGAGACGGACUGGUAGAUGCUGGCACUUCCUUUUGCGACGGAGAUUCAGGCGGACCUCUCAUCUGCCCAACCGAUGGAAAAGCAACUCUCGUCGGCGUAGUUUCCAGAGGAAUCGGAUGUACCUUUGACGGAUAUCCUAAUAAGUACACUUCGACCUUCGUCACUUCUAAUUGGAUCCAAGAGACUGUAGCUGUCGAGGGACUCUAA